AUGGAGUAUGAAGGAUUCCUAUUCCACCUACUAAAAGAAUGUCCUAACUUUAAGCUCUUCAUCGAGCAAGACAAAGUCUCUGGUUUUUGGACGACGAUGUUCGUCCUCUCAAAAGUACCAGAACUCGGUGACACCGUCUUCAUUGUGCUGAGGAAGAAGCCCUUGAUCUUCCUCCACUGGUACCACCACAUUACAGUCCUGCUGUACACAUGGUACUCCUUCACCGAGUUCACCUCAUCCGCCCGUUGGUUCGUCACUAUGAACUAUUUUGUUCACAGCGUGAUGUACUCCUACUACGCGUUAGUAAGUAUGGGCAAGUACCCGCCGAAAUUCUUCGCAAUGACCAUCACCUUCCUCCAGCUCACACAGAUGAUAGUGGGCUGCGGUAUCAACAUCUGGGCCCACAAUUACAUGGCCACAGCUCCGACGCAUCCCUGUGGGAUCAGUCAAAUCAACAUCAAACUAUCAAUGGCCAUGUAUUUCUCGUACUUCGUGCUGUUCGCCAGGUUCUUCUACAAGGCCUACCUUUCGCCCAAACCGGGGAAGAAAGCAAAGAUCGAGCCGGAAAUCACAGCGCCACCCAAGAAGGAGUUCAAUGGAUACCCCAGACAAAGAAAUGGUGUUGUGCACUAG